GGCCCUGGUCGGUAGUUGUUUUUGUUAUUUUUUUUAAUUAAAACGGAAAGGUGCUCGGACGCGUCAAUGCAGAGAUACCGAACUGAAGCCAUCGGACGGGCAUCGUGUUUUUCUCCGUGUGCGUGGUGCGCGCAGAUUAAACAACAAACAAAUUAUCUGGCUAUACGAGAGUCGUAGGCCCGAUCCAGGAAAUCAAAAAUCGAAGAUCAAAAAUUCAAAAUCCAAAUCCAAAUUCAGAUGAAAAAUCCAUCGGAUUUCCACUAUUUCUGUGAAAAAUAGAGGAUCAUCCGCUGUAAACAAGUGCAAUAUUUUUUAAUUAAGUGAUAAAAAGUGCUUCCAAAAAUAAAAAACAAAGAGAAACCUACAAUAAAUAUAUAUAUUAAAAUAUAUAUAUUUAUUUAAAAUUUAAAUCGAUCAAAAAUGUUUUAACAAAAAGGAGAGAGAGAAAAAAAAAUAAAAUAAAAACCAACACCCUCGAGCCAUAAUCUGCGAAAUCUUCGACGCACGAAACCAUCAACGAGUUAUUACUGUACUUCUACUGAGAAGAACAAGAACAAGAAAAGGAAGAGGACGAGGAGGAGAAGGAGAAGGAGAAGGAGAAGGAGGAGGAAUCAUGGACUGUGCCAGGCAGCAGAAGCAACAACGAAACAAACGACAAUUACAGCUGCAACAGAAACAAAAACAAAAACAAAUACAAAAACAAACACACGGACGCAAGAGGCGGCGGCAGAGGCUGAGGGAGUGGGAGUGGCCGUGGCAACAACAAUUACAACAAUAUGCCCUGCUUGUUGUUGCCGUUCUGACGACAAUAUUCUCGCCACAGCCCAGUAAUGCCGCCGAUCUGGUCAUCAACUUCCCGAAUGUGAGCAGCAAUGACAACGCCUUCUACAGGAUCGACUACAGUCCUCCCUUUGGCUUCCCGGAGCCGAACACCACCAUCCCGGCCAGCGAGAUCGGCAAGCAUGUGAAGUUCUCUAGGGCCCUGCCCGGCACGGAGUACAACUUCUGGCUCUACUACACCAACUCCACACACCACGACCUGCUCAGCCACACGGUGAACAUAACAACAGCUCCCGAUCCUCCGGCCAAUCUGAGCGUCCAGCUCCGGUCCAGCAAGAGCGCCUUCAUCACUUGGCGACCGCCGGGCAAGGGCCGGUACUCUGGCUUCCGGAUCAGAGUCCUCGGGCUGACGGACAAGCCCUUCGAGAAGAACUACUCCAUGGAGAGCAACGAGACGCUGCAGCUGUCGGCCAAGGAACUGACGCCCGGUGGCAGCUACCAGGUGCAGGCCUACUCCGUCUACCAGGGCAAGGAAUCGGUGGCCUACACGAGUCGCAACUUCACCACAAAACCCAACACGCCUGGAAAGUUCAUCGUGUGGUUCCGGAACGAGACGACGCUACUGGUGCUGUGGCAGGCCCCCUAUCCGGCUGGGAUCUACACCCACUACAAGGUAUCGAUAACCCCCGACGACGCCAUCCAGAGUGUGCUGUACGUGGAGCGGGAGGGCGAGCCCCCGGGUCCGGCGCAGGCGGCCUUCAAGGGUCUAGUGCCCGGGCGGGAGUACAACAUCUCCGUUCAGACGGUCUCCGAGGAUGAGACCUCUUCGGUGCCCACCACGGCCCAGUAUCUGACCGUCCCGGAACGCGUCCUCAACGUCACCUUCGAUGCGAAUCGCACGACGAGCAGCUCGUUCCGAGUCCGGUGGGAUCCGCCGCGCACCUUCAGCGAGUACGACGGCUAUCAGGUGUCCCUCGUCACCUCGCGACGGAUCUACAAUGUGCCGCGCUCGGAGACCCCCGACUCGGUGUACUUCGACUAUCCGGACGUCCUGGAACCGGGCGCCACCUACGAGGUGGUGGUGAAGACGAUAGCUGACAAUGUCAACUCCUGGCCAGCCUCCGGACACGUAACCCUUAGGCCUCGUCCUGUCCAGGGCCUGAGCGGCUACCUGGACGAUCAGAGGAAUGCGCUGCACAUCUCCUGGGGGAGGCCCAACAAGGGAUUUCAGGACAACUUCCGCAUCACCUACCAUGAGGUUGGCAACUCCUCCUCGGCGUAUCCCCCCAUAGAGACCAACAAAACGGAGUGCGUUCUGGAGCCCCUGCUCCCCGGUCGCCAAUACUCCAUCUCUGCGGUAUCUCUCUCCCGCGGCAUGACCUCCAAUGUCAGCCAGAUCAUCCGCUACACCCGCCCGGCGGCUCCCGUCAUCCAGGAACUGCGCAGCAUCGAUCAGGGCCUGGUGGUCAGUUGGACCAGCGAUGCGAACUCCCAUCAGGACCGGUACGAGGUGCACUACCAGCGGAAUGGAACGAAGGAGGAGCGAACCAUCGCCACCAAUGAGACGAGUCUGACCAUCAACUACCUGCAUCCGGGCGCCAGUUACGAGAUCAAGGUUCAUGCGAUAAGUCAUGGAACCCGGAGCGAGCUGCACUCCUACUUCCAGGCAGUCUUUCCCAGGCCACCGAGAAACCUGACACUCCAGACCGUGCACACGAACCUGGUGGUGCUCCAUUGGCUGCCGCCGGAGGGCAGCGACUUCAGCGAGUAUGUGGUCCGCUACCGCACAGAUGCCUCGCCCUGGCAACGGAUAUCCGGCCUGCACGACAGUGAGGCCAGGAUUGAGGACAUGCACUACGGAGAGCGGUACCUCAUCCAGGUGAACACCGUCAGCUUCGGCGUGGAGAGCCCCCAGCCGCUGGAGCUGAAUGUGACGAUGCCGCCGCAACCGGUCUCGAAUGUGGUGCCGCUGGUGGACUCGCACAAUCUCACCCUGGAGUGGCCGCAGCCCGAUGGGCAUGUGGACUUCUACACGCUCAAGUGGUGGCCCACCGACGAGCCGAACAACUGGGAGGUGAAGAACGUCAGCCACCUGGAGCAAAAGGAUUCAACGACAUCUCCGAACAUUCGAGUGCCCAUCGAGGACCUGUCGCCAGGUCGGCAGUAUCGCUUCGAAGUCCAGGCCAGUUCGAACAACAUCCGCUCCGGGAUCACCCAUCUCUCCACGCGCACCAUGCCCCUGAUCCAGUCGGAUGUGUUCAUCGCCAACGCCGGCCAGGAGCAGGGCCAGGACGAGACCGUCACCCUCAGCUACACGCCCACGCCGGCGGACAGCACACGCUUCGACAUAUACCGCUUCUCCAUGGGCGAUCCCAAGAUCAAGGACAAGGAGAAGCUGGCCAACGACACGGAGCGCAAGCUGAGCUUCACGGGCCUGACGCCGGGCCAGCUUUACAACGUCACGGUGUGGACGGUGAGCGGCGGAGUGGCCAGCCUGCCGGUCCAACGACUGUACCGCCUGCAUCCCCGCCCCAUCAGCGACCUGAAGGCCACCCAGGUGGCGGCGCGCGAGAUCACCCUGCAGUGGACAGCCCCCGCCGGGGAGUACACCGACUUUGAGCUGCAGUACCUGAGCGCCGACGAGCUGGCGCCCCAGCUGCUGCAGAACGUCACCCGGAAAUCGGAGAUCAUGCUCCAGGGACUGCGUCCCUAUCACAACUAUACGUUCACGGUGGUGGUGCGGGCGGGGUCAACCUCCACGCCGGACGGCGGCGAUGCGGAUCCCGCCGGCAGUACCCUGAUGCGCAGCAGCGCCCCCAUCUCGGCCAGCUGGCAGACUCUGGCGGCGCCGCCCGGCAAGGUGGAGUUCUUCCAGCCGAGCGACGUGCAGCCGGGCGAGGUGACCUUCGAGUGGCUGCUGGAGCCGGGUGAGCAGCACGGACCCAUCGACUACUUCCGCAUCAUCUGCCAGAACGUGGACGAUGCCGACGACCAGACCAGCCACGAAUUCCCAGCAAACGCCACCAGCGGAAGGAUCACCGAUCUGGUCCCGGGCAACAGAUACCUCUUCCGGAUUCAGGCGAAGUCCGCUCUGGGCUUCGGAGCCGAAAAGGAGUUCGUCCAGAGGAUGCCCAUUCUGGCGCCACCGAUACCAGAGCCGAGCAUCACGCCCGUGGAAGUGGGACGGACGAGCACCACCAUCGAAAUCAGCUUCCGGCAGAACUACUUCUCCAAUGCCCACGGCAUGGUGCGCUUCUACACGAUCAUCGUGGCGGAGGACGUGGGCAAGAACGCCUCCGGCCUGGAGAUGCCCAGCUGGCAGGACGUGCAGUCCUACACCGUGUGGCUGCCGUACCAAGCGGUCGAGCCCUACAAUCCCUUCCUAUCCGGCAACAGAAGCGAACCGGCGAGGACGAUCAGUCCCGAGGCGGAGAGGUUUACGAUCGGAGCGGCCAAGUGCAAGAAAACCGAGGGCGGAUACUGCAAUGGGCCGCUGAGAGCCGGCACCACCUACCGGAUCAAGGUGCGGGCCUUCACGGACGAGGAUAAGUUCACGGACACGGCGUACAGCGAACCGAUUGCCACGGAACGUAGCGACACCCUCAUAGUGGCCCUCACCACGGUCGCCGUUCUGCUGGUGGCUGCGGUCCUCGUGGCCGUCUACUGCCAGCAUCGCUGCCAGCUGAUCCGGCGGGCCUCCAAGCUGGCCCGGAUGCAGGACGAGCUGGCCGCCCUGCCCGAGGGCUACGUCACCCCGAAUCGUCCCGUCCACGUAAAGGACUUCUCCGAGCACUACCGCAUCAUGUCCGCCGACUCGGACUUCCGUUUCAGCGAGGAGUUCGAGGAACUGAAGCACGUGGGCCGCGAUCAGGCCUGCAGCUUCGCCAACCUGCCCUGCAACCGGCCCAAGAACCGAUUCACCAACAUCCUGCCCUACGACCACUCCCGCUUCAAGCUCCAGCCGGUGGACGACGACGACGGCUCGGACUAUAUCAACGCCAACUACAUGCCGGGACACAAUUCGCCGCGCGAGUUCAUCGUCACCCAGGGCCCGUUGCACUCCACGCGCGAGGAGUUCUGGCGGAUGUGCUGGGAGAGCAACUCCCGGGCGAUCGUCAUGCUGACGCGCUGCUUCGAGAAGGGGCGGGAGAAGUGCGACCAGUACUGGCCCGUCGACCGGGUGGCCAUGUUCUAUGGCGACAUCAAGGUGCAGCUGAUCAUCGACACGCACUUCCACGACUGGAGCAUCUCGGAGUUUAUGGUCUCAAGAAACUGCGAAUCACGAAUAAUGCGACACUUUCACUUCACGACAUGGCCGGACUUUGGGGUUCCAGAGCCGUCGCAAUCUCUGGUGAGAUUCGUGCGCGCCUUCCGGGACGUCAUCGGGACGGACAUGCGCCCGAUCAUCGUCCACUGCAGCGCCGGAGUGGGCAGGUCCGGCACCUUCAUCGCCCUGGACCGGAUAUUGCAGCACAUUCAUAAGUCCGACUACGUGGACAUAUUUGGAAUUGUGUUUGCCAUGCGGAAAGAGCGCGUUUUUAUGGUGCAAACGGAGCAGCAGUAUGUUUGCAUCCAUCAGUGCCUGCUGGCCGUUCUGGAGGGCAAGGAGCACCUCCUGGCCGAUUCCCUGGAGCUCCAUGCCAACGAUGGCUACGAAGAUGACGAAGGCAUAGCUGAGACGGGAAUCUGAGGAAUCUGAAGAGAUCCUGAUUGGAGAAUCGGCUAUACAUAUAUAUAUAGUACCUAUAGUUAUUAUUAUUAUUAUUAUUAUUUUUUUUUUUUAAUUAUUCAUACAAUUAUUAUACAUAUAUUGUACGUAAAAAUCUGCCUGUGAUGUGCUGGAUGUGAUUUGUCUACAACAACGGCAUUCGGAGUGUGUUUUUGCAGUCAACUAAGAGGGCGUACGGCCCACGCCACACGUCCCACGCCCACCUUGAAGGCGUGGCUGGGCGUGGCAGCAGAGCGGCCCAUAGCGAAAUUGAAUGUGUUUUUUAUUUUAUUUUUCGAUUGGCCUGGCCCGUGCCAUUAUUUUUGUACCGCUUGUUUGCCAUAGAAGAGCUAGCUAGCCUGCUUCUUAUUUAUGUAAUUUGUAAUGCCGCCAAAUUAGACCAAACCAACAAGAGCGUUAGCUUAAGCUUCAGGUUCUCCAUGUCCUUUUGUGUAUCCUAUAUCCUUACUCCCUCCUAUCUACCCCAUAUCUUUGCUCUAUUCGUGUGUAUAGUAUUUUUUUUUGUGUAAAUUUUGUUUCGAGUCGACCGAUAUUAUGAUUAUGAUAACUAUUAUUUUAUAAAGAUUGUGUAUUAUGUUUAUUAUUAUUAUUUAGAUUUUAACUAUGUUUUAACUGUUAGACUCUAGGCCCUGAAUUAGUCAGCAAAAAUGUUUACUGUGACUGCGUUUUUAAGGUUUUCCGUUUGCUGCUCGGUCCCUGCCUCGAAUUAUUUAUACAAUUUCGAAUAUUGUAUUCAUCCUUCCGUCUGGCCAGGCAGCAAAACAAAUUUUAACACAGCGUAGGUAGAGUAUUUAGCAUUUAUUUUAUUGUAUUUAAUUAUAUUAUACAUUAUUUUAUUGUAUUUUAUUUUUUUUUAAUAAUGUGCAUGUACACAAAAUCAAUAAAUAUACCUAUUGUAUGAAGAGUAUGAAAUGGAA